AUGCUGGUAUCCGCGGACUGGGUUACUCGCAAGUGGACUUUGGCCUUCUGGUGUGAGGUCAAAACGGCUUCGGAUCGUCUGGCGGGCAGGGAGGGAAUUAUUGGAGAUGGAGAAACAGAAGUCGGAAAGCAUGACGGGUACUUCACACUCUACUCGGCGACGCAGUAUCGCGAAUCAGAAUCGAAGGGCCACACAGCAGCCAUUCACCCGCUGGAAAUGCGCGACUUGUUCAGCUUCAUCCUGCAAAUUCCUGGCCGAGCGCUGCGCAGCAGUGCAUUCCUCGGACUGGGCGACAGCGACGGUGGGAUGAGAAAAGAUGAGAAAUACUUCCGAGGUGUGCAGUCCUGGCCUUUCUAUCAGAACACACUGAUCGUCACCCAGUCCCUCGCCGCCAACACCUCCGCACCCACCCCUCUACUUCAUGCAACGCUCCUUGUCUUCAAAAGCAUCGCCCAACACAGGAUGCUUUUGGAAGACGUGUAUGGCUAA